AUGGAUAUAAACACAAUCGGGUUUCACUCAGCUGAACCCAACCUUCGUUUUGUCGCAGACGCAUGGUUGAUGGACGUUUGUGGUGCGUAUCCACAGCCGUCAUCCUAUCACAAUGAUUGGUUCAAAAAGCUAGUGAUUCACUAUCUCUUGCCCGUGAUCACGAUACUUGUCCUCGUGACAAAUAUAAUCGUUUGCUUUGUCUUUGCACGGCAGCGGGUACAGAGUCCUGUUUAUGCUAUUCUUUUGGCUAUCGGAUGCACUGAACUAUUGAAUAGCCUCCUCCCCUUGCCAAUGUAUGUAGCGGAAAGUCUGACCGGGCGAAAUGUCUGGUGGGAAGACUUGCCGUCCAGAGCGGAACAGGUUCGGACACAAUCGGACAAUCUAACCCAUUGGUGGCAUUUACCAUCGCAAAGUAUGUAUCGUACCAGUUCAAAUUUGAUGGCUAGUCAGAUUUCCUCGUGGACAACAGUCACUCUUCCGACCAUCACCUACACUAUUUCAGUCUUUCUGACGGUUCUGCUGGCACUUCAACGACUGGUGUAUGUCAGCUGGCCACUAAAAGCUAUGAAUAUGUGUUCCUUGAAAUUUUCGCGAAUAGCAAUAAUUGCUGUCGUGUUGUUGGGCAUUCUACUCCAUGUGGUCAUUAUCCACUCCAAGUUUAUUACCGUUCAUCCCGUUGUAGUGCAUGUACCCCAACCGACGAUAUUUGAACUACCGGAAACCUUCGUUCUGGAGCUUGACUGCCUUGUUAGAACUUAUUCUCAACUCCCCCGCAUUGUCCUAAAGUGCAAUACGUGCGGUCUAACUUGCAUGAUCGUCUACAUCUGGGCUCGUACGUUUGUGAUCCACAUCAUUCCGUGUUGCUCCCUGUGCGUCAUAACUGCGCGCUUGGUGGUUGCUAUGCGCGAAGCGGCCAAGAGACGGGCUCGGUUACAAAUUUGUGCAGGCACCACGUAUGGGAGACCUGAAGAUGUGAGUAGAAUUCACUCUGAACAGAUGAGUAGGGUAUUGGAACAGUGUAGAGAAUCGGAGGAACCCGACAGACAUUGCACAGCCAGCAAAAUGCUAUGCGUGAAUAGAAAGCCGGUAAAUUAUCGAUCUCGAGCGGCAGGAUCACCAACCAAUGUUGCCAAAAUGCUUGUGGCAAUAUUGAUCAAAUUUCUUCUGGCGCACAUUCCAGAGGCUGUUGUCAUCAUGUCAUAUAGCUUGUGGCGCAUCUACAAUACACAUCUGGUAGAAUCGGCAAAAAGCCCAGACGAGACUCAGUUUGAAGCAGCAUUACUUGUCCACAAUCAAUCGAUCGAUAGUCAUCCGACAGAUCAGCCCCUGUCAACCGACCAGCAAUGGUACCGGUUGAUCACCAUUUGUAACCUGAUUGUGCUAAUAUCAAACCAGUUGAAUUUUCUCAUAUACUGGCAAACGUCAACAGAUUUCCGUAAUUCAUUUAAACAACUGUGCUCCUGGCAAUUGAAUUGCUUUCAAAAAUUUGGUCAAAACGGUAUUCGCGAUCCAUGCUUCAAAAAAACCCGUGUUCCAAAACCGAUACGGACACCGAUCAAGAGGAGGCAACAGGUAGUCAAUUCGGACAAAUGUGCCGUCGGAUCGAGUAACUUAAAUGUGAUCAUUUUUCCACCGUCGGAAUCAGAACUGUGCGGAAUUUUUCCACCGUCAGAAUCAGAAAUGUGCGGUGAUGAUGGUCAGUUUGCAACAUUUAUCGCCAUCCGGAACAGAAGUGUGCCUUUUCAUGAACAACCGGUGAAUAAAGUGAAUUUGCCUUCUUUCAGCGAUGUAGACAGUCAAAAUGUAUCACCCCCAAACGAGAAGAGAGAUGUAAACGACCCGGAGGAAAUUGACGUAACGCCACGUUAUUCACUCUUAGAUGGAGAUGAUUCAGAUAGUAUAAACGUGCAAAUAUCCAGUGUGUGA